UUUUUUUUUUUUGGAGCUGGGGACUGAACCCAGGGCCUUUCGCUCGCUAGGCAAGCGCUCUACUGCUGAGCUAAAUUUCCAACCCCAGCAGUCAGUACUCUUAACCACUGAGCCAUCUCUCCAGCUCAAAAUAAAUCUUUUUUAAAAAAGAAGAAAUUGAGUUCUCUGUGGUUAAAACAAAAUCUUUUAAAUCCCAUUAGUAAAAUUACUUUCAUUUGGCUUAUUCUUAUUUUUGAAACCUUUGAGAAUUUAAAAACAAUUUUCAUAUUCUUUUUCUUUUCUUUUCCUUUCCUUUUCUUUUAUCUUUUCUUUUCCUGCCCCCUCCCCCCCGCCCUUCAAGACAGUGUUUCUCUGUGUAACAGCCCUGGCUGUCCUAGACUGGCUUUGAAGACCAGGUUGGCCUUGAACUCCUGGAGAUCUGCCACUAUACUCUGCUCUAUCUUUUGUUUUUCUAUUUGCUAAUUAGACUAGCUAAACUUGUUUGAAGUUUUCUGGUAAGAAAAAGUAGAUAAUUAGUUAUGCAAUUGUGUAUAAGAAAACAAGCAUUAGAGAUGCUGGGAAGUCAGGUACUUCUUUACUCCUAGCACUUGGGAACUUGAAUCAAACAAUUACACAAUUACAGGACAAUCAGAACUAUGCAGAGAGGCGCUGUCUCAACACCCACCCUACCCAGCAAAACAAGAAGUACUUGCCUUGUGUUUCUUUGAAUUUGUCCUCUUCCUGGAUCCAGUCCGGGUGAGACAGCAGCUCUUGUCAUUGAAGUUAAUUGUUAUACCACAAUUGUUACAGCUGAAAUAGCAUUUGGAACAUUCUCCAUCUCAAUUGCUGUAAGCAGACCCGUGGCCACUAGGGGAACCAGAGUGCCAGGUUGAAGAACAGCCCUAAGAUUCUUGACUUGUCUGUAGCUACUUGAGAUGGAGUAAACCCGAAAGGGACAAUGAACCAAAGGGGUCUAGAGGGUAAAUAAACAGAAACAUCAGAAAAUCCAGGACAAUCUCCAGGUUUAUCACUCCUCUCCUAACAGAAGAGUUGUGGGAAAAUUCUGCUAAUUAAGGUCAAAGUCUAUCAUUGACCAGAUAGCUUUCUGAGCUCAGCAAAAAUAACAGGACUCCAUCCCCUUCUCUGACCUUGUCUAAGGAGUUUAAUCUCGCCUCCCCCAUCUCUACCUGCAGAAUAUCGCCUAGCCUCAGAAUAUAGGUUCAACUUCCUUUCUCAUACAGAACCUCUUCUGCUACCCAGUGAGAUUCCUGAAAUGCUUGAAAUGCUUUCCCAUGCUAAUGGGGCAGGCAUUUCAAUACCCUAAGCCCAUUCUGGAUGUUCCCCCAAUAUAAGCGUUGAAUCAUUCCAGGUAAAGUUGAUCUGCCUCCCUGCAGCUGGUCCUGGUGUGUUAACGAACAUAUUCACAGGGUUUCUGAACCCCUCACUUUCCUCCUCUGUGCUCCUUUUGCCCUUGUGGACACCGAUGAUCCUGAAGGCAGGGAUCCUCUCAGAGAGUUGGGAGAUAUCUGGAGAAUGAGGCAGGAGCUGGCCAUCUUUAGAGAAGAGGCCUAGAGGAGCUAGUUUUGGGUGAGGCAGCCUCAGGGAAGAAGGGAAGAAUUAGGUUUGGAAGAGAAGAAUUUGCUCUUCAAGGUAAGAUUCACAUCUAGAGCCCUUUGUCUCUUUCUUCGAUAUUUUUCUCCUGAAACCAUCCUUCAGUCAGAAUAGGCAUCCAGUCACAAACUGGAGCCCCAAUUCUGUCAAUCACCCACACUCUGCUGGAAGAUAAUUAGCCUCCAAGAAAGUUCAAAGGCUGCCAAGUUGGUAAACACGAAAGGUCAGGUGAAAUAUGUUUGUUCCAAAAACCAUACAAUGGUCAGUGGGUUUCAGGUUGUGAUACUCUGGUUAUCUGUUUUUGUAAUAUUUGGAACCUUUAAACAUUUUUCUAAUAUUUCAGCAUUUGAAGAUUGCUUCCCUCAUAAAUAUUAUUGGUUAACAUUAGUUCAUGAAGAGCCAUGAAAGAAUUGCUGACUAUCCAACAGUUACUUUUUAGCCACAAAGUAAGUGGUCAGCUCCACGUUAACAUCCACUAUCCCUGGGCCCUAGCCAUCCUCCAGCACAGGUAAGACAAAAUGCCCAACUUGUAAUGUCCAUAGCCUUAUGCCACUUUCCAAAGGAGAUGAGGUUUCCCUCAGAACAUUGGAAAGCAUCUCCCUUCAAUACCAUCUCCCAUGCUCCACUCCUACGGCUGGUAUCUGCAAACUAAGUGGAGUCUGGUUAUCUCCAUAGCACUGCUCUAUGUCUUUUUAGCACCAAGCUUAAAGUUGUUCCUGGGACCUCUUUGCUCUCCAGUACCACUUUCAGAUCAUAUUAUCUUUCCCUCUUCUGGUAAAAAACAAAAAUAAAACUAUUUUGUAUUAGCACUCUAAGCUCCACCCCCACAGUUACCUGGCAACAGCCAGACAUGCUUGACACUAUAAAAGGGGUUGCUUGCCCUCUUCUCACUCUCUUGCUCUUGCUCUUGUCCCUUUGUCCCUUCUUUCUCCAUUCCCCUUCCCCCUUCUUUCCACAUGCUCAUGGCCGGCCUCUACUCCUCUCCCCCCCACCCCCUCUCAAUCUCUCUGCCCUACUGCCCUCUUAACUCCCCUCUCCAUGCCCUAAAUAAACUCUAUUCUAUAUUAUACUGAAAGAGCGUAAACGGGGAGCCGCGUCUCUCACUCCAAUCGUGGGAUGGGGUGCCCCAAGGAAUCACGAGUAGCCAUCUUGAUGUAACAGCAGGAGGUAGCUUUUAUUAACGAGAUCCCUAUUAGCAGGAUCCCGGGUUGAUAGGUAUCCCAUACAGGAGACAGAGGAAUUGACCCCGAGCUUCCAAACUCGGGGGGUUAUAUAGGGGCAUUCGCGCGGUUACACAUGAUUGGUCAAUUCAAAUGGUGCACAGUUACCUUCGGCGCGAAAUUACAUCAGCAAGGAGUACGUGCUCUCUAGCAGCUCUGCAGGCAGGCAGGGUGGCUCAUCUCACUCAGGGGGGUGAAGGAAGGGGAGGGGGUGGCUACAGAUGGUCAAUGUCCUUGGGGCUGAUAGCUGGUCCGGCAGGUCCUAUCUCUAACACCCUCUCAGGCAUGUCCUAACUUUUUGAAAUUUUAAUUCUUCAAUACCAUAGUGUGGCUGGUCCCUCAGGGGUAAGAGAUGCCUCAACAUUGACCCACUGAGGCACCCCUUUUCCCCAGAUCCCCAUACAACACAAUCCCCCUGUGUCUGUACUUUAAGUUUUUUUUUUUGUUGUUGUUGUUUUUUUGGUUCUUUUUUUCAGAGCCGGGGACCGAACCCAGGGCCUUGCGCUUCCUAGGCAAGCGCUCUACCACUGAGCUAAAUCCCCGACCCCGUCUCUGUACUUUAAAAUACAACAUUAGAGGGGCUGGAGAGAUGGCUCAGUGGUUAAGAGCACCGACUGCUCUUCCUGAGGUCCUGCGUUCAAAUCCCAGCAACCACAUGGUGGCUCACAACCAUCUGUAAUGAGAUCUGAUGCCCUCUUCUGGUGCAUCUGAAGGCAGCUACAGUGUACUCAUAUACAAUAAAAUAAAAUCUUAAAAAAAUAAAUUUAUUAAAACAAAAAAAAUACGUUAGUCAACACAUCAUUUUGUUUGGUUUGGGAUGAGGUUUUCCUAUGUAGCUCAGACUGAUAGCCCUGCCUCAACCCUGGGAUCCUUCUGCCUCAGUUUCCCAAGUGAUAAGAUUAUAGGCAUGUGUCAUCACACCUAGAUCAAUGCUCAUCAUUGUCUCUUAAAAAAACCUUGUUUUUCAGUUUCCCCUUGAUCUUGUGCAUGUGGGAUAACUAUCCAGGAACUCCUAUUUCACCAUCAUGUACAGGCCCUUCUAGAUCAUUUGUAUUCAUUCCUAAUGGAAUUAGGUGCAGACACCAUUAUCAUUGUCUCUAACAAAUUCCACGUUAUGAUAAUUCUUAAUGACUUCAAUAUCUGUGUAGUUAGGUCACCAAUGUGCUAAGGUUUCAAUAGAUUUUUUUCUUGCUGAGGUCGGUAUGUGUGUGUGUAAUGUGGGUGCAGGGUGCCAUUGUGCUUCUGUGGAGGUCAGAGGACAGCCUUGACAGCCGUCUUCUCCUUCCACCUUGCUUGCCGCAGGCCUGUCUUGUUUAGCUCGUGUGCUUCCCACUCCAGGCUAGCUGGCCUUGGACCUGUUUGCUCAAGAAGCAGUAGUAUUACAGACAUGUAUUAUCAUGUCCAACUUUUAUGUAGGUUCCAGGGAUCCAAACUUAGGUGAUCAGGCUUCUGUGACAAAAGCUUUUAGCUACUCAGUUGUCUUCCCAGUAAAAGGGUUUGGUUUUUUUGUCUGUUUGUUUUUGUUUUGUCUUGUUUUCCUUUUAAGGUAGUGUUUGAGACAAGAGGUUUAUGUACAAGUGGUGUAUUUGGGAGCUAAGUCAGGUGGCAGGAGCAAAGGAGUAGACGAGUAAGUUAGGGAGGAAGAGUUAGUGCCCUUAGAGGUGAGCUACAAAGGUCAGUAUCAUGAACAAAAAGAACCAAACCUGGUGGGUACUCUGGUAAUCAUUCUGAGAAUUCCACAGAAUUGUAUACCAAAGACUAGGGACUGGGGCAUUAUCCACUGGCUUGUUACCCUACUGUUUGAGGAUUGGUCCUGAAAAUAUUUGCUUCCUUAGGCUUUACUGAACUUGUCUGUGACACUUGUGUGAUUCUGGAUCUUUAGAGAAAAUCCUGAAAUUGAAGUGCAAAGAAGUGUGCCUGUCAGGUGGGAUUUUGUCACAGGGAAUUUGAUCACAUAAAAUGUUUACCACAGUGGCUGUUGAAAUUAGAAUUAGGCCUACCCCAUAUGACUGGCCAACAAAGUAUCUGGAUGCCUGGCUUUUCAGUUCCCAGAUCUGUUGUUCAGUGUCCUCCCCCUUGAUUAUAGCUUAGCCUUUGGCACUACAAUGGUUAUUACUACUAACAGCCUACAUCCCUCUCACCCUCCAAUGGUUGUCUCCUGUCUUUCCAGCUGGACUUCUCUCAUUUCAACAACCCUUAGGUCUGCCAAGAACCACCCUCGGCUUAGAGAGGGAUUCUGAGAGAAGGGGUGUCUGGGAGUGGAGAAAACAAACAACUUGAAGUCAAAUCAUGGUCCAAAUCGGAGGCCUACAUUCUGCUCAAGACAGCUUUCCAGGUUGCUUUUUCUCUUUCUGAUUUCUCUGGGGUCUCCAGACAGCUCUCCGUUGUUAUUCUAAAAUCUUCUCUGGAUAGCUCUUCUCUUGCAGGUCCUAAGUCCAGUCUUUUAUUUUACAUAUCCAUCCAGUCCUUUACUCAGGUUUCCUUUGAAUCAGCAUCCAUGACCCAUCCCCUUGACUCUUAAGAGACAGCAAGCACACUUUCUUUGGUUUUUUUAACAUGGCAAAAGAAUUCAGAGGUCUGUUUGCCUUUGUUAAACACAGACAAUAUGGUUGAAGAGGUGGCUCAGGAGUUAAGAGCACUGACUGCUCUUUCAGAGGCCCUGAGUUCAAUUCCCAACAACCACAUGCCCACAACCAUCUAUAAUGGGAUCCAAUGCCCUCUUCUGGUGUAUCUGAAGACAGAGACAAUGUACUCACAUACAUUAAAUAAAAAAUUAAAUUAAAAAUUAAAGUUCUGGCAAAAUAGUUGCAGGAUGGCAUGUAUGGCUGCCCAGGAAUCAUGGUGCAUGUGUGUAGUCCUUUUACUCUCCCACCACUGAACAUAGUAAUGUGCUAUCUUCUUUUCUCCUUUCUGCAUAAAAUUUCACCUCAUCCUAUGAACUGAUGAUGUUGACUUCAAGGAAGGAAAGCAAUCAACAGAAUCUUCAGCCUGUGUUAGAUGACCCAGUGGUUAAGAGCACUGUCUAUUCUUCUAGAGAUCCUGAGUUCAAAUCCCAGCAACCACGUGGUGGCUCACAACCAUCUGUAAUGAGAUCUGAUGCUCUCUUCUGGUGUGCAUGAAGACAGCAACAGUGUACUUAUAUAUAAUAAAUAAAUCUUAAAAAAAAAAAAAAGGACCUUCAGCCUGCCUUGCUGUCUGUCUUCUGCAUUGCCAGGUGCUUCCAAGGUAGUGUUUCUGUCUUCCUCUCUUACUGAAUGUGAGUAAGAAAGUAAGGUCAUGAUCCAAAUGCUGGCUGGAGAGAGAGUACUUGCUGUUCUUGCAGGAGACCCGGGUUCAGUUCCUAACACUCACAUGGAGGCCCCCAAACAUCUGGAAUUCCAGUUCUAGGGGAUCUGACACCCUUUUCUGGUCUCCACAGGCACUGCAUAGACAUGGUGCACAGAUGUACAUACAUACAGGGUCUCUCUAUGUAGUUCUGUCUAUCCAGGAACUGCUAGGUAGAUCAGUCUAGCCUCAAACUACUCAAAGAUCUUCCUUCCUUGCCUUCUAAGUGCUGGGAUAAAAGGCAUACACUACCAUAGCUAGCUUACAUUUUUUAAAGAACAAAACAAACAUAAGAGAAGGGCUCAGCUGUUAAAAGCACUGGCUGCUCUUGCAGACUACCUAGGCUCAAUUCCCAGCACCUAUAUGGUGUCUAAUAACCAUCUGUAACUCUGGUUCCAGGAGAUCCAAUGCCCUCUUUUGACCUUUGGCUGGGUGGUGGCAGAAUAUGCCUUUAAUCCCAGCACCCCACACGAAUCUCUGAGUUCAAGGUCAGCCAGAUGUAUAGUUUGAGUUCCAGGUCAAGACUACACAGAGAAACCCUGUCUUGAAUAACCAAACCAACCAACCAACCAACCAAACAAACAAACAACAAGCCAAACAAAAGAGAGAAAUCCACAUGUGUGGCUGUGAGCAGUGGCAUAUCUGUGGUCCCAGUAUUAGGAAGGCUGAGAAAGAGAAGAGAACCCCAGUCUUCCUUGGGCUUGAGCCAAGUCAAGCAGCCAAGCCUGCCCUAGAGACCAUCAGUUGAGGAGAUGUAUAGUGGCCCAUCAGUAACAAAGCAGUGGCACCUCAGCAAGAGGAGGCUGAAGGACUCAUGGAAAAUUACUGUAGAUUAUGGAGGGCUGGAUGGGGUAGGAUCUAUCAUGCCAUUGUAGUCAACCCACCCCAGUUCCUUUUCAAAUCACUGUGACAAAACAGCCAAACAAAAGCAAAUCAAGGAAUGGUUAUUUUGACUCACAGUUCAAAGUACAACCCACCAUCAUAGUAAGUAAAUGAAAAUGAGGACAUGACCACUCCUACUUAUGGCUGAGGUUUUUAUAUAGAUAUGUGAGAGAAGACAGCCAGAGGCAUCUGGCAGAGUCUAGACUGAGCAUGGACAACAGACUGAACUUAGCUAUUAGAGGAGAGGGAAGGGGAGGGGAGGGGAGGGGAGAGGAAGAGAAGAGAGGGAAGAGGAGGCCAAAGUGACCAAGAGAGUGCAUUGGAACCAAGAGACCUAGAGUGCUUAUAGCUAAAAUGGCUCUUACAUAGGGAUCAGAAGCUUUGGGAAGGGAAGUCCAGCUACUGGGCUGGAGAGGUUUAGGUUGGAGGAGGGGAGCUUGGAUGAGUCACAUUACUACCUGAGAAUUAUCCCUAGGUUUCUCUGAGAUCGAACAGUAAGAAAGGCAAGAUGGCUGCCAGAGUGCAAAACAGAUGGUCACACUGGAAGGAAAGAGCAACAAAUCCUACUUUUUUCUCCCUUCCUUUUUCUUCAGGGUAGGAUCCCCAGUUAGUGUGGAUCUCCUCAUGACAAUUAACCUAAUCUAGAAAAUCCCUCACAGAUAAGCCAGGGUUUGUUUUCAUAGUGAUUCUAAAUGCUGUCAAGCAAAAUUAACUGUCACACUAACCUUGUUGUCUGGGUUUGUUUGUUUUGUGACUGGGCUUACUUAGCCCAGGUUGGUCUAGAACUCGCUAUGUAGCUGAGGAUGACCCUGAGUUUCUGCCCUUCUGAUCCUCCUAAGUGCUAGGACUAGGUCGGCAGCACCUCUCUGCCUGUUUUAUGUGCAUGUUGAGCAAGGACUCUGCCAAAUGAGUUAUGCCCUUUGGACAGAAUUAAUAUAAACCAUAGGAUUGUUUCAGACUGUACUGACACUGCAGUCACAGUCAGGACGGGUUAGGGCCAAAUAUCCAAGGUCAAGGGUGGGCUUCCUCCCCAUGAGUUGUUGGACAGGGAGGUCCCCUCAAGGAUCUCCCCAACCAAACCUUAAGGCUGUUUUAAGUCCUUGUUUAUGGUAUUUAUCAGCCUGAGAAUGAGCACAGAACUCCCUCCUAGUUUUCAUACCUCAAUGCAAUAUGCAGGCUGCUGGGGAAGGAUUGUCUUAGCAACAAGAGUCUUGCUUGGUAUGGCUUUUUUUGUUUGUAUGUUUGUUUUUUUGAAAUAGGGUUUCUUUGUGUAGCCCUGGCUAUGCUGGAACUCUCACUGUAGACCAGGUUUGCCUCAAACCUUGCCUCUGCCUCCCAAGUUCUGGAAUUAAAAGGGUGUGCUACCACGGCCCAGCCCUUGAUAAGGAUUUUUUUUUAAAAGAAUUAUUUAUGUAUGUGAGUACACUGUAGCUGUCAACAGACAACAGAGGAGGGCAUCGGAUGCCAUUACAGAUGGCUGUGAGCUACCAUGUGGUUGCUGGGAAUUGAACUCAGGACCUCUGGAAGAGCAGUCAGUGCUCUUAACUGCUGAGCCAUCUCUCCAGCCCUGAUAAGGGUCUUACACUGAGAAAUGAUACUCAUUCCUUGGUGCACAGUGGCAUGACUGUUGGGAGUGUAAACAACUAAUUUUAGGAUUGGACUUUGGGUCUGUUCCACAAGAGAAAACUUACACACAGUGCUGUAAACCGGGACAAAAAGCCAGUGGCUGGGGAGGUCUUAGGCCUCAGUGGAGAAGCAACUGCUACUUCACUGUUAAGUGGGUAUUGUGUGCCUAGUAAAUUGCCUUUUAAACAUUUGUGAUUAUACACAUAAUUACUGCCGCUGUCAGCUUAGGCUAUCCUGGAGGGAUUUUUUUUCCCUCAGUGUACUGCAGAGACUCAUUAACCAGUUAGUUGGCCUCCUGAGAAGAACUGUUGCUGUGGCAGUGGCUAGGUGCUCAGCUUCCCAGAGAAGAAAACAGUCAGGCACCCACAGUGCUCCCCCAAACUGCAUAAGCUCAGAGAGCAUCACAGAAGUGAGGAUGGAAAGGACAUAAGCCAGAGGAAGGGAGGGCGGGUUGUGUAGCUACUUCUUUACUGAAACGUUUCUUCCUAAAGGGAGGAGGGAGGUUAACGAGACUCAGGAAGCAAAUCUUAAAGCUCAAAGGUUAAAAACUGUUUUGACUAGUGUUCUCUUGGUAAUUGUGUUACCCAAAAAACCUGUUUGCAAUGUUCCACACGUAGGCUGAAGAAAGCCUGCCCCCAGCUGGCUCUGAUUGGUAAUAAAGAACUUCUAUACAGCCAAUGGCUGGGCAGAGGGUCACAAGACCUUGAGUUUUGAAAGGGGUAGGAACCAGACAAGAUGAAAAGAAAGAGGACAGAAUGUAAGAGCAACCAGAGAACAGGGCCAGACUGCCUCGUAAGUAUCUGAGUGAGUGGCCACCGGCUGCCUUGGUAGCACGGGAAGGGUUAGGAGUUUCAGGAGUACCAGAGGGGAGUGUUUGCUAGCAGGGGAAGGUUUAGGAAUGCUCAGCCUUUGAGCUAGUCACAGCAUGUCAAAAUUAACUGACGUACAUGUGUGUUGUGUGGGUAUCUCUCUGUGUAUAUCUAUGUGAAUACAGAGGCCCUCGGAGGCCAGAAGCAUGAGAUCCCCACAGAACUGGCGUUAUGGUUGUGAACCACCAAAUGUGGGUGUUGGGAACAGAACUCAGGGACCUUCUCAGACAGCAGGUAUGUUCUUUGCCCCAGAGUCAUCUCUCCGGACUAUUCCCCUUCUAUUUUUGCAUCCUUUGUUUUGUUUCCUUCUUCACUGUUCUCUUCAUGAAGUUUAAUUAAUACUUAAGGUUUCCACUAUGAGUGAUAGAUUCCAGCAUUCAGUAUAUUAAUCUAUUAAAAGGCAUGGAAUCAGCUGGCACACUCUGUAAUCCCAGCGCUCAGAGGCAGAGGCAGGCAGAUCUCUGAGUUCAGGGCAGCCUUUUUAAAGAGCGAGUUCCAGGACAGCUACACGGAGAAACUUCUGUCUCAAAAAACAACAGAACAAAACCAAAAAUGUAUAGAAUCAUGUCUUACAUAUAGUAAGAAUUAUACACUUUACCUCUAAUUACACUGUCUAUAUGUAUAAAUUAUACACUGUUUUUAUAUCAAUGUCAUAUUUAAUCUUUUUUAAAGAUUUAUUAUUUUAUGUAUAUGAGUACAUUGUCACUCUCUUCAGACACAUGAGAAGAGGGCAUCAGAUCUCAUUAUAGAUGGUUGUGAGCCACUAUGUAGUUGCUGGGAAUUGAACACAGGACCUCUGGAAAAGAGUAGUCAAUGCUUUUAACCAUUGAGCAAUCUCUCCAGACUGUCAUAUUUAGUCUUUAACUUUUUAGAAUUUUAUGUGGAUGAAUUUUUGCCAGCAUGUAGAUUUGCACACCAAGUGUAUGCCUGAUGCCUAUACACAGAGCCCCCUAAGUGCCAGAGUACCAGUGCUCUAAAACUGGGCCAUUUCGCCAGUCUUUAUAUUUAAUUUUUGCAAAAGCGCUGUGAUUUAGAUGUUUUAAUACUAAUUUCACCAACAAGAGAACUAAGGCUCAUUGUGGUCAAGUAAAGCAUUCAAGGUCUGAGAAGUAGAUCUUAACUCAUUUUAAGCAUUGUGUGGCGCUAAUUGGUCUGGAAGUCAGAGUGCUGAAAUUAAAGGUAUGUUCCACCACACCCUGCCCGAAGCAGAGAUAAGGAAAUUUUGGCCAUUUCGGAGGGGAGCACAUACCUAUAAUUCUACCAGUCAUUCUGGAGGCAGAGAAAGGCAGAUCUCUGUGAGUUCUAGGUCAACCUGGUCUACAUAGAGAAUUCUUGGCCUUCCAAGAAUAACAUAGAAAGACCGCUUCAAACAAAGCUACCUGGAAUGCUUGGGGCAAAAGGAGAUUUCAGGCUUAAUAUAUGAAAUAAAAUCCUUCAGAGUAGAGCCUGAAAGUCUGCUUUUCUAAUUAGCACCUCAGAUUAAGAUGAACAAUGUAUUAGCAAUGUUUGAGAAGCUUUUGGUUUUUUUGUAGCCCUGGCUGUCCUGGAGCUUGCUCUGUAGAUCAGGUUGCCCUCAAUCUUACAGAGAUCCUCCUGCCUCUGCUUUGAGUACUGGGAUUAAAAUUGUGGAACAGUGAGAGAUGAGUUUCAAAGAAACAAGUUUGACACCAGGUGGUGGUUUCCCACACCUUUAAUUCCAGCACUUGGGAGCCGAGGCACCUCCAGUAUAGCCAGGGCUAUAUAGAGAAAUUCUGUCAAAAACCAACCAACCAAAGAAACAAACAAACAAAACCCAAAAAGAACAGUGCUAGGAACUUGCGUAAUGCAUUAAAUUACAGCUAAACGGAGAUAACCCUGUAUAAAUUAUAUUGUCUUCCCUUGAUCAGAGAUUUGUGAUCUGAAGCGAUGCAAUUUGGAGAAAAUACUGUAGGGUGCUCUAGGAUAUGUCUUAAGGAGUCCAAGAUUAAUAAUCACUUCUUGAACAAGCCGGGCAUUCUUUUUUUAGCGGAAUAACAGCAGGUUUGUGCAUCAGUCACCAAACAAAUAAUAUACCGGGCGCCUUCUCCAUGUCAGCAUUUGCGGAGGACAGCAGUAAAAAGCCUUCCAGGCUAAUCUAAUCCAGAGCUCUGAAUAGCAAUCCCGAUCUGGGGCGAGCGCGUGAGGGCUGCUCCGGCUCCAGCCAGCAGAGGGCGCACUCCCACCCUCCGCGCGGCCUCGGGACCCAGUGGCUUGCUAUCGCCUGGGUUGCUCCCGAGCACGCCCCCGCCCGCCGCGUCACGUGACACCGCCACGGAACCUGAGGUGCGGGCCCUAAGCCGAGCUAAAGUCGUUGCUGGCGGCCGGGGCGGGUGCAACCCCAGAGGCAGAACCGAAGACGAGUUGGGGAGGCCCGGGGAAGUCGAUACUACCUCUUCCCGGUCAGGUCGGCUCCCUGUCCCUUCCCACCAUUCGCCGCUCGCGUCUCUUUAAGCGUUUGCAUGCGCUCUCUCGCGUGGGCAGGCCGGGGUGACCAUGUAGCGGGAAAGCCCGAGGAAGCACGGGUGCCUGGGACGAGCUCAGCGCUGACGGCACGCCGCUCCGGCGUCCCCUGCAUCCCUCGCUGCGGCCUGCGGGGUCCUGCUGGGAACCCCGGCCUCUCGAGGAGGCCUGGCCCCGAGAGCCGCCAAGUCUCGCCGCGUCUCGCGAGAGUCCAAGUUGAGAACAUGGCGACGUCUAAUCUGUUAAAGAAUAAAGGUUCUCUCCAGUUUGAAGACAAGUGGGAUUUCAUGCGUCCAAUUGUUUUGAAGCUUUUACGCCAGGAAUCUGUAACAAAGCAGCAGUGGUUUGAUCUGUUUUCGGAUGUACAUGCUGUCUGUCUCUGGGAUGAUAAAGGCUCAUCAAAAAUUCAUCAGGCUUUAAAAGAAGAUAUCCUUGAAUUUAUUAAGCAAGCACAGGCACGCGUACUGAGCCAUCAAGAUGACACAGCUUUGCUAAAGGCAUAUAUUGUUGAAUGGCGAAAAUUCUUCACCCAGUGCGAUAUUUUACCAAAACCUUUUUGUCAACUAGAGGUGACUUUAUUGGGUAAACAAAGCAGCAAUAAAAAAUCAAAUAUGGAAGACAGUAUUGUUCGAAAGCUCAUGCUUGAUACGUGGAAUGAGUCGAUUUUUUCGAAUAUAAAGAACAGACUCCAGGAUAGUGCAAUGAAGCUGGUGCAUGCUGAGAGAUUAGGGGAAGCUUUUGAUUCCCAGCUGGUCAUAGGAGUGCGAGAGUCCUAUGUUAAUCUUUGUUCUAAUCCUGAGGACAAGCUUCAGAUCUAUAGGGAUAAUUUUGAGAAGGCAUAUUUGGACUCAACAGAGAGAUUUUAUAGAACUCAGGCACCCUCAUAUUUACAGCAAAAUGGUGUACAGAAUUACAUGAAAUAUCUCAUGGAAUGCUGUGUGAACGCACUGGUGACCUCAUUUAAAGAGACUAUUUUAGCAGAAUGUCAAGGCAUGAUCAAGCGAAAUGAAACUGAAAAGUUACAUUUGAUGUUUUCACUGAUGGACAAAGUUCCUGGUGGGAUCGAGCCCAUGUUGAAGGAUCUGGAGGAGCACAUCAUAAGUGCUGGUCUAGCAGACAUGGUGGCAGCUGCUGAAACCAUCACCACUGACUCUGAGAAGUAUGUGGAACAAUUACUUACACUGUUCAAUAGAUUCAGUAAACUGGUCAAAGAAGCUUUUCAGGAUGAUCCUCGUUUCCUUACUGCAAGAGAUAAGGCGUAUAAAGCAGUUGUUAAUGAUGCUACCAUAUUUAAACUUGAAUUGCCUUUGAAGCAAAAAGGAGUGGGGUUGAAAACUCAGCCUGAGUCAAAGUGCCCUGAGUUGCUUGCUAAUUACUGUGACAUGUUAUUAAGGAAAACACCAUUAAGCAAAAAACUAACCUCUGAAGAGAUUGAAGCAAAGCUUAAAGAAGUGCUCUUGGUACUUAAAUAUGUACAAAACAAAGAUGUUUUUAUGAGGUAUCACAAAGCUCAUCUUACCCGACGUCUCAUAUUGGACAUCUCUGCUGAUAGCGAGAUUGAAGAAAACAUGGUGGAGUGGCUAAGAGAAGUUGGUAUGCCAGCAGAUUAUGUGAACAAACUUGCUAGAAUGUUUCAGGACAUAAAAGUAUCUGAAGACUUGAACCAAGCUUUUAAAGAAAUGCAUAAAAAUAAUAAGUUGGCAUUACCAGCUGAUUCAGUUAAUAUAAAGAUUUUGAAUGCUGGUGCUUGGUCUAGAAGCUCUGAGAAAGUCUUUGUCUCACUUCCUACUGAACUGGAGGAUUUGAUACCUGAAGUAGAAGAAUUUUACAAAAAAAAUCAUAGUGGUAGAAAAUUACAUUGGCACCAUCUCAUGUCAAAUGGAAUUAUAACAUUUAAAAACGAAGUAGGUCAGUACGAUUUGGAAGUAACCACGUUUCAGUUGGCUGUGUUGUUUGCAUGGAACCAAAGACCUAGAGAGAAAAUCAGCUUUGAGAAUCUAAAACUUGCAACGGAACUCCCUGAUGCUGAACUUAGAAGGACUUUAUGGUCUUUAGUAGCUUUUCCCAAGCUCAAACGGCAAGUUUUAUUGUAUGACCCUCAAGUCAAUUCACCCAAAGAUUUUACAGAAGGCACCCUCUUCUCAGUCAACCAGGACUUUAGUUUAAUAAAAAAUGCAAAAGUACAGAAAAGGGGAAAAAUCAAUUUGAUUGGACGCUUGCAGCUCACUACAGAACGGAUGAGAGAAGAAGAAAAUGAAGGAAUAGUUCAACUAAGAAUAUUAAGAACCCAGGAAGCCAUCAUACAAAUAAUGAAAAUGAGGAAGAAAAUUAGCAAUGCUCAGCUGCAGACUGAAUUAGUAGAAAUUUUGAAAAACAUGUUCUUACCACAGAAGAAAAUGAUAAAAGAGCAAAUCGAAUGGCUGAUCGAGCACAAGUACAUCAGGAGGGAUGAGGCCGACAUCAACACCUUCAUAUACAUGGCGUAGCUGAAUCCAGCCUGCCGCAGCUACACAUCUGGAGACCUGGGCAGAAGGUUGUCCCAGGCUGAGCUGGAGGAAGGUUUAUUUGGACUUUGAUUACAUAAAUAUUAAACUCUGCCUUACCUUACAAAGCGACUAUAUUUUGCCAGUCACAUUAGUCAGCAUGAUGGCAAUCCCUUCAUGUUGCACACUCUUUAACAGCAUGCUGUUUUGUGGAGAAAAUUGCAUUCAUGAAGAGCCCAUUAUGAACUUUCAAAGUCAAUUCAAUUUUUACCCACCCAGAGAAAUAACAUUUUGGAAGGGUGAGGGUGGGGUUCCUUUUGCUUCUUUUAUCCCCCUUUCCUCUUUAAAGGAAUAUACUUACACAAGGAAGGAUUUUCAGAUACUCAUGCACUGAGAAAUGCUGGGGUUUUUUGUUGGUUUGUUAUUUUUGGGUUUUUUUUUUUUUUUAAUGCAAUUAAAGCUAGAGGCAGCACUCAGCUUCUUUUGAUGCAGAGUGAAUUGUCAACACUGUUGGGCAAGGGCAGGCACACUUGAGAAGACAGUGUGCCAGUGUUGAGCUGUUUGUCAAACACUGCUUUCACUUUAGUGACUGGAUCUUAAUGGUAACGGAAACUGGUAUUAAAUAUUUCUACCUUACAAAUGCUGAUUUUCACUGAGCAGGAGAGUGCUGUUUAGUCAUUUGUUGUUAAACAUGAAGAUGUGGGAUUUUCUUUUUAGACUUUGUAUGGCUGGAGAGCUUGUUUUGAAAACAUGAAGUUUAUAGUCAAUGUUGUUUCAGUUAAAAAUUUAUGGGUUUAGGUACAUCACUGAUUACAGAAAUCAGAAUCCCGAAGUAAACAUGUUAAGUGUGUUACUAAUACACUUAAUACUUAUACACCUAAUAUUUACUAUACUGUACCUAAAUUUGUUGAAAACAAUGCAGAAAUAUUCUGAUACAGUACAGUGAGAGAAUUGCUUUCUUAACCUGUAGCAUAGAAUUAUUUGGUGAUUGAAAGUGUUGUGAUUAGGAAUUUACCACCUCAGUUUUCUGGAAAGACAUUCUCUAUUUAAAAGUAAUAAUUACCCGCCACUUAGCAGGAAGAAAGGUAAGAUUACGACCUGCAACCUGCAAAGCACUCAAGAGUUGCUAGUCCUAACGUGAGCAGUAACCUUGCCAAAUAUGUACAUAUAUAUUUAUAUAUUUUAAAAAUAAACAUUUUUAAAAUGUUUAGAGGGCAACACCUACCUUGCUCCUCUCGUUAAUCCAGAGCGGUGACUCAGGACCUCACAGACAGAGCAGUGGGAAGUUGGAAACUGAGGACUCAAGCAACUGAAGAGAAUUAUUCCCCAGCAGGAAAGAUGGCUCCCUGUGGAUUUUUACUCAUUGUGGUGCACGUUUCAAGUUUUCUUGCAAAUUUUAGAACUUUUGAUGUUAAGUAGUAUUUUGAAGUCUGGUUCUGAAGCUGACAGAACAUGGAGUGUUGAGAAGCAUACAGUAGAACACGAGUGUUGAAGCAUACAGUAGAACACGGAGUGUUGAAGCAUACAGUAUUACAUCACCACAGUGGGCUGUGGGUUCGCCUGCUGCUCAGCUUGGGAGCUCCUUGCUGGAAGGAAAUAAAGUAUAUGUUAGAUGUUUAAGGUUUUGAUAAUUAUAGUCGAAUAUCUGUUCUGAAACUCAUAGGAAGCUGGAGUGCAUGUGUGCUUCCCGUCUGCCCUGCAGCUCUGAGGUGAUGUGGAGCAGGAGUGAAGAGCAAACUCAGUGCUUGCUGCCGUACCGCGUGGAUGAUGGUACAUCCAGAUUCAGAGGGAUAGUUUUAUAACGACUGUGGCCCUUCUGUUUAAUAGCUUGGUGUUGGCAAAUUUUCCUCUCCCAAUACCAGAAUGCCAAAGGAAGAAACAAUCAAGGGAAAAAUUUUAGGCCAUUUCUUAAUGUUUAAGAUUUGUCAUUUUAAACCAUAAUUUUUCUUAGAACAUCUUUGAAAUUUCUAAUCGCUUUGGUCAUUUAAGAAUGAGAGCUGCGAUGUUUUGAUUUAUAAAGGCAAACUUAAUGCAAAGUGGGUAACACUAAAUCCAUAGCAAAGUUUUUUAUUAAAUUUUUAUAAAUUUUUUAAUAGUUAAUUAUGUCCUAAUUGUAUUUUGGGGAAUGAGCAGCAGUAAAUACCACAGACUUAACAGUUUUCAUCCUUUUUUUAAAGUAUAUAUAUACAAAAGUGUAACUACGUUUUGGUGUUUAUCAAAACUAUUUAGUUGACAAGGUGCCUAUACCAUUGUUGAGAUUUUCUUUAAAUGUUUUAUGAAUAGAUUUGAAAAUUUUAAAAAAUCCUGAAACAGAUCUUACACAGCAAGAGUUUUCUGAAGGUCCAGAACCACUGACACAGUGUUCCCUAUCUGAUCUCUCUUCCCUGCAGACUUUAUAUUCUUGCUAUCUGAGCAGGGCCAAACACGUCACAGGUGAGGGGAGGGAAAGCCCAGCUUCCCACUCAACACCAGAGAGGCAUUUUUAAAUGAAUGAUGUGGCUUGCUCAGAGGUUUGAGUACUUCUCUCUAUCUUAGGUGGCACUGUCUGUAAAUGCUAACCUGUCACCAUCUCACAGCCAUAGUAAGGAGACGGAACAAAUUCGCCCAGUGGAAAGGAUAGACUCAUCGAUGUGUACAGUUAGACAAACAUGAGGCCCUCAUUCUAAUAAUUUUAUAAGAAUCUUCAACUAAAUUCUGAAGUCUCCCAAUUUUUGCAGUUAUUGGAGGAGAUCCCUGAGUUUACCAGCCUGUUCAUUGAAAGCUCUUACUCUGUGCACAAAUAUUAAAGUCACCAAAAAAGUGAACUGUUAAUCAUUCUUAUUUUUUAAACUCCAUUAGAUUGACUGGUAUCAUUAGCUCUGCUGCAAGGGCACAUUUUUCAAUUCAAUCUGGUGAUAUAUUUGCUAAGUCUACAGAAAGUUUGCUGUCAUAAACUCAAGCUGGCUCUUCUGUCUUUGUGUGAAUGACUGGGAUGCUGCCACAAGUUUUCCCAAGGUCACAGUUAUGAGAGAAACAUUGUUUGAGAGCGUUCCUGUCAUCUACACUAUGUGUGGUCUGGAGUUCCUGAGGUGUAGUCUCUCGUCCUGACCUGUACAGUUUUGAAUGUGCACCACUCCAUACUGAGAUGACACUGUACAGUUUUCCAUGGUAGCAGUUUCUGUAUGCAGUAGGCUGAAAUAUUUUGAUGAACUGCUUAAUUUUUGGAUUUUAUUUUUUAAGUUGUAUAAUUUAUUUUCUUGCAAAAUAAAAGUGUAAUAUAAAACA